AAUAUAGACUGAGGCAGGGAAACUUAAUUUAUAUGAGAGAUGGCACACGCAAGUCAGUUUCACGAGACAUGAAGCAUGACAUUCUGCAGAAACUAGCUGAGGAGAUGUACAAGUUCUCGGCUUACCCACAAGAUGAACACUUCACAACUGUUGCUGCAGCACUGAUUGCCAAGCACCCUUGCCUUGCUGAGCCAGGGUCACCCAUGGGCUGCUAUGGAUGGAAGAAUAGUUUAAAAUUCAAAAUGGGAAAUUUCCGUUCCAAACUUCGCAGAUGUGGAAUUGCAGAUGUGGUAGUCAAUGGUAAUAAGAGAGCACAGCAGAACCCAGAUGGUGACCCACCUCGAAAAAACCUGAAGAGACCCAGAAGAAGUGAGACAAACUUUCUGCCAGAUCUUCCGCUUGGUCAGGAUGCAUCAAUGCUUGAAAGGUCUAGACAGCUGCUUGAAAAUGAAAUGAAGAAAAGGUUCCCAGAUGUAGCACUUGUGAAUCAGCUGAUGAGCCAGACCUUCUCUUUAAGACGCAAAGAAAUUGUGGAAGAGCAGCCCUCUGUGAAACAGAUGUUGGGACGGUGGCCAGCCCUCUUCAGAAAACAACAGGUCUUUGCAGAAUUCACAAGAGUGGCAAGCCAAGAUCUUGAGCAAGACUUCUUUGAGUCGUUGGACCGACAUACCCCACGUUUCCUGGAGAUCUUCAAAUCAAAAGGUGGAAUGGUUGGAAGGACGCUUGCAGAGAUUCUUGCCCAGGUUGAAACAAGGACCCGUGAUGUCAGAGUCAUGAGGACUGCUGUCCUGCGAUGUCUUCCAGUUUUCCUUGGGGAUGAUGGAAGUGAAUUUUUCAAAGUCUGCUUUGACUCUCAUGCCACUGCAGAUGUCACACAGGUACCGGUUGGGGUAUUGACUGUGAUACCUGAAGACAGUCAGCUGCCAGGUCCACAUGCCCUGCCCCUCGAACCAUCCAGCACUGCCAUCAUACUAGAAGGUAUUAUCGUCAUGGAUGACAUUGAAAGCCACGCACAAGCUUUUUGCAUUUUAUUUGGACUCAUAUACGCUCUUCAUCUGGAUUAUCCAAAACGACUGAAGAACACCUUUGAUUUUAUUCAGAGGGUGAUGCUUAACAUCGGUUACGGUCACCUGAGGCCAAAACUUCAGAGCUUGAAAAAUGCUCUUUUGCAGUAG